AAUCCUGGAAUCUAGUUUAUGUCCCCCGUUACAGCCUAAAGAUGCUCAAGCCCUGUUUUACAUUUAACUAUUGCGGACUCUUUCGUUCAAAGAGAGAAAAAUGGCUGAAAUGGUGAUGGGAACCCUGAUCUUUUGCUUUCUGGGCUUUCUGUGUUCCUACUUUCUUUUGAUUCUCAGCAAGUUCCUUUACAAAGAAUGGUGGACUCCAGUUCGGAUACAAUCGCUGAUGAGAUCUCAAGGAAUAAAAGGCCCUUCUUACAGAUUCAUCCAUGGAAACACCAAAGACAUAACAAACAUGAGAAAGGAAACCAUGGAAAAUCCCAUGGAAUUGUCACAUUUAAUUCUCCCAAGAAUUCAGCCUCAUAUAUACUCUUGGAUCAAGCUAUAUGGGACGAACUUUCUUCUGUGGUACGGCGGACGAGCUCAGUUGGUUGUUACAGAACCUGAACUGGCUCAAGAAAUACUGAAUAGUAAAGAAGUAACAUUUUACAAAGUUGGGUUCCAGGAGUACAUCACGAAGCUAUUAGGGGAUGGGCUUGUAUUAGCCUCAGGUGAAAAAUGGAUUAAGAUGCGUAAACUCGCAAGUCGUGCUUUCCAUUCAGAAAACUUGAAGGGCAUGGUUCCCGCAAUGAUAGCAAGUGCAGAGGUGAUGCUUGAAGGAUGGAGAAGCCAUCCAGGGAAGGAGAUUGAUGCAUUCCAAGAAUUCAAAGUUCUAACAUCAGAGAUAAUCUCCAGAACAGCUUUUGGAAGCAGCUAUCUGGAAGGGGAAAAGAUUUUUGAAAUGUUAAAGAAGACGAUCUCCAUUAUUGCGGGAAACCAUUAUAAAGUGAGAAUUCCAGGAAUUAAAUUUUUCAAAACAACCUAUGACGUUGAAUUGGAUAAACUCCAACAAGACAUACGAGAUACCAUCAUGGAAAUGGUAAAGAAAAGAGAAGAAGCAGCAAAGAUAAGUGAACAAGAUAGCUUUGGACAUGAUUUUCUUGGAUCGCUUAUAAAGGCCUAUAAGGAUGAAGAUAAGAAUAAGAAGAUAUCUGUAGAAGACAUGAUUGAUGAGUGUAAGAAUUUUUACGUUGCUGGACAAGAAACAACUGCUAGCUCUCUCAGUUGGACUAUUCUUCUUCUAGCAAUUCACAGAGAUUGGCAAGAGAAAGCAAGAAAAGAGGUCCUUGAACUAUUUGGCCAGCAGAAUCCAACAGCAGAUGGGAUUACAAGAUUGAAGACUAUGAGCAUGAUCAUCAAUGAAUCUUUAAGGCUAUAUCCUCCUGUUCUUCAUGUGAAUAGAGAAGUCAAAAGAGAAGUCAAAUUAGGAAAACUACUUAUUCCAGCAAAGAUGGAAACAAACGUUCCAGUACUAGCACUUCACACAGAUAAUAAAAUAUGGGGAGAAGAUGCUCACCUUUACAGACCAGAAAGAUUUGCAGAAGGGGUUGCUAAAGCUACAAACAAUAACAUCUCUUCAUAUAUACCGUUUGGUUUAGGACCUCGAACUUGCGUGGGCUUGAACUUCGCCAUUACAGAAAAGAAAAUUGCUCUUUCGAUGAUUCUGCAGCGCUACAGGUUUACCUUGUCACCUACAUACGUACAUUCGCCAGUUCAUAUUCUUACAAUGUGUCCACAAUAUGGAGUUCCUAUAAUUCUCGAGGCCUUGUGAGUUCUAAAUUUUUUUCUGAAAUAAGCUUUUUACAGGCUGCCUUAGAUUGUUAUAAUUCAUAAAAAAAAAAAUUGGUCAUGGGAGCCUAAUAUUGUAUGCGAUGGCUGCUGCCAAGAUAUUCCAAAACAAUGAAAAAUGCUUGUUGAGGCCAGCCUUUGAAGUACUAAUAUCUAGUCAAAGUUAGUAAAAUGUAUGUAAUGGGGUUCCAAAGUUGGCAAUGAGUCUAGUGACCACUAAUGAUAUAACCUUUGUGAAUGCCAUAUAAGCAAAAUAAGGAACUUCAGUUUCGCUUUCUCCA